AUGCCGUCGUGGUCGCCUGAAACACGGCUGGAAUGGAUCUUUUCCGCAGCUGCAGCGGCUCAAGGAGUCGUCAAUUCAACCAUUCAGAUUGUUAUCCUAGUCGUCUAUUUGCAAUGGGUCAAUAAACCGAUAUACGAGGUCCCAUUAUCCUAUGUCAUAUCGUUGAUCCUUUCCAUCAACACCCUUGGCUGUUUCUAUCAAUUGAUCUUGACACUAGACGCAUACCGCAUUAAAAACCACAUUCAGAUCUUUAUGCUGUGUGUCGCUAAUGUGUGUCUUUCAGCCGCGACUAUACUGCAAUAUGGAGAGAUACGCACUGCGUCGGCAAGAGCCGUUGUUGGUUUCAACGGAAUGAACCUUCCUUUUGUGAAGAGGGACUGGGAAUUCUGGAGGCGUGUGUCGCCCGGUUUGAUUGUCUGCGCCGUGGUUAGCUGUACCUGCAGCACCGUCAUGUGUCUUGUCGCCAUGAAGCUCUAUCGUGAAUUCGCAUGGGCUUUGUAUCAAGACGUCAGUCCAGACAUGGCCAUACAAUGGAAGUACAUGUGCUAUCAAAUCUACCUAGGAUUUCUCAAGUACACACCGUAUUUCGUCUUUGCCUUUAUAUUGAUCUACGACUUGAUCAACGUGCACUAUGUUGAGCCAGAAUUCUCUUUGACCAUGGCUAUCAUCCCUGUCACGCUCCUCCAUUUGGCUUUGGCUGUAUAUUUUGUUCGACAUGAAAUUCGCAUCGGCAUGAUCUUGGUCUUGCUCUUCCAUGCCGCUAAUAUCGCCUACGUUAUCAGCCGAUUGUUGGUCUUGUAUGGUCAUGGGCUACUCUCCAAGACGAUGAUGAAGGAUGAGAUGGUUUUCUAUAUCUGCAUAGGUGGUGCACUCUCUUUGUUCUCGCUAGUUGCUGGGAGUGUCUGCAUGUUUAACUUCAGGAAAGGACUGAAGCCUAUUUUACUUGGGCAAAUAAAACGACGACCUCAGGCGCAUGAGCUUGAAGACGACUACUACAUCCAACGGCUCAACUACAACAUUGUACCGGCACCAGAUCGGGAUUCACAACGGUUCUUAGUAGAUUGA